AUGAAAAUCUCAAUCCAACAAGUCAGUACCUACGCUGGCUUCUGUCUCUCUGUACUAAUCAAUAAUAUUCUGAUGUAUAUGAUACGAAAGAAGACUACAAAACAGCUGGGGUCUUAUGUUUAUCUUAUGCUGAGUUUCUCCAUUUUUGAGCUGGUUUUCUCGACAGUCGAUGUGUUGAAUCAACCGAUGAUCCUUGUCAACAACGGCGAGUUCCUCUUCUUCAGUACAAACCCCCUUCAUCUUCCCAAGACGGUGGCCAAGCAUUUUAAUAUGGUGAAUUUCGCUUGCUCCGGCAUCAUCAUCUCUCUCCUCGCCAUCCAUUUCUUCUAUCGUUACAUGGCGGUUUGCAACAAUCAAAACUGGCUGCGUCAAUUCGAGAUGCCCAAAUUCUUCAUCUGGAUCGCGAUCUUCGUAAUUUUCGGUCUCGAGUGGUACUUCGCAACCUUGUUCCUAGGAAACACCUCUGACAGCGUUUGUGAAGUGGAUAUGGAUGAUCUAAUCGAUUUCUAUAGUGUGGACCCGGAUGUCACUGUCUUCAUUGGCAUCAAGUAUCACGUCUCCACGGCUUUUGAGACAACGUUUUGCGGGAAGUCUAUUGUGUUGGCUAUUAUUCUUUUAAAGAUCGUGUUGAUCUCCUGCGCCAUUGUGACCUAUUGUGGAUACCAUACCUGGCGAGAGAUCACCAUCAAAAAACGGGCGGUAUCCCGUCGUACCCUGGACAUGCAGAAGCAAUUCUUCCGAGCCUUGGUUGUCCAGACCCUCAUCCCUGUCCUCCUACUGUACCUCCCGUUAGCCACUAUGCUCCUGGCACCGAUUCUCAUGGCAAACUUGCAUAAAAUCGACUUUAUCAUUCAAUUCGCAUUUGUGUUUUAUCCGAUCCUUGACCCGAUAGCUGUACUGGUGAUUGUUAGGGAUUACCGGCGGACUAUCAAGAAUUUUGUGGAGGAGCAAGUGUGGAGACGAUCGCUAAGAAUGUUGAAGUGUCUACUGCCUUGGUUGGUAUCGGAGAGAUCGGUGAGGUCACCGUUACCAAGUGUUAAUGUUCAUGUACCGAAUACCCCGGUGGUGCCAAGAUUUAUUUAUUGA